AUGACUCGUUCAGACCAGAGCAAAGACAGUUCCGAAGAUACCAAUGAUCCCGGUUUCUACGCGAGGAACAACGGGGACCAGCGUAUUUUGAACCUCAAGGCGUUGGACAUGGUAGAGAAGGACUUGGAUCACAUGUACGACAGAAACUUGCAAUUCUUGGACCUCGGCUGUGGCACGGGAGAUUUCACGCGCCGGUGCCUCCUACCGAGAUGCCCACCUUCCGCAAGAAUCGUCGCUGUCGACUCCUCCGAGGAGAUGCUGACGUACGCUCGCCAAAUGUUCGCACAUCCUCGCAUCGAGUACGACCGUCUGGACAUCAGUGGCGACGUCGCCGAUUUUGUCGCCAAGUACAGCACCUUCAAUCGUAUCUACUCCUUCUUCUGUCUCAACUGGGUUCGAAACCAGGAAGAAGCAAUGAAAAACGUGUCCAGUCUCCUAUCGUCAGGUGGAGAGUGUGUUCUCGUCUUCCCGGCCUGGUCUCGUUCAAGGAUGCCUUGGAUGAAGCUUGCACGUCUCGAUCGUUGGCGCAAGUAUAAAGAACUCUUCGAAAGCUUUGUGCCCAAAAGUCAGGACAUUGAAGAUGACAGCACACGGUUGUCUUAUUUACGGGAAAUAAUCACAUCAUCUCACAUGGAGCUUCGCAAGUGCGAAAUCCUGCUUUACAAGCCACUUGUGUGGGACGCUACAGCGGCUAUUGAUUUUCAGAUGUCCCUCAAUCCCGACCUGAGGCUGCUUUCACCGGAAGAGAAGAGACGCCUGAAGAGGGAUACCUUCGUGGGCCCAGUGUCCAACCUGGAGAAGUUGGCGACUCGUGGCGCGCAGCACAUGCGGGUGCUACGCUGUCCGUGGUGGACUGUUGUCGAGGCGAGCAGCCUGAUGAUCGUGCUGGGGCAGCUGGAGUUCCACUGGCGAUCGGCCGUCCUCCAGUGGCGUACAGCGGUAGGCCAGCAGAUCCAGCCAGAAGUCUUGGUGUGCGUGCGCACAUUUCUUCAUUAUACGCUUGACAACCAGGACCACUUUUUCCGCUAG